GUUGCUAGGCUCACUUUACGCUGCUUGAUUCCUCUAGUCUCCGUCGUCGAUAACUUCAUUUAACAUAAACAAAUUUAACUUUCAAAGUAACUUUAACAAAUUUGACCAACCGUUAUGGCGAAUCCUCACCGUACGAACGUCCUGGUGACUUCGUGUCUGAAAACGCCGGUUGACCCGCACACCAAGGCUCCGUUAGCUUCAUACGAGCGGGAGAGAGUUCUUCCCUACUCGGCCACGGGCCACCUGGACAACCGGGACUACGAGAAGGAAUUGGAGUACGAGGACUUGGGAUCGGAUUUCUGUUAUGACGACUAUCUGGGAAAGGAAGAUCCUCGCAUGGGGGGCGGCCAUCAUAGAGCAGCAGCAGACUACCUCGACCUGAGUAAAAUCUUCUUUUCUAACGAGGAAUACUAUAGCAAGCUGGAGGAGCUCAAAAAGGCCCAUCUGCACACCAUGGCUGAGCUGGAAAGCAUGUAUCAACAAAAGCUGCAGCUCAGGUCAAUGGAUCCCUUAGAUAUGGCAACGCUGGAGCCAGGGCACAGGCUGCUCUGGUCAAAUUUAAACCCUGCAGCUUCACAUCAUCCUUUGAGAAAGUCGCACUCUGCUGUUGAGCUCCGGUGGAUCUCUGGGCAGUCAGACUCAUCCGACGAAAAUGAAGCUUGGAGCAACACGGUGGAAAAAGGCCUUCUGUUCUCUCCUAAAGAGUACAUCAAGAACAUGUGGAAGGACUUCAAGAUUCCCUCCAACAACCACCGCAUGUCCUCCUCCUCAGUGCACAGCGCGCCUGGAGACCAGAGGAGACUGAGGAAGAGAAGGGACAAAAGUGAGCAGGAAGACGGCAAACCCAACGUGACCGUCCCAAAACCCUUCCACAUGACGCUGCGUGAAGCUGAGAGGCUGAAGCGUGGCGUAAAGACCCGCUCCGAGGUGGAACGGGAGAACAUGGAGCUGAAGAGGCAGCUGGAGGAGCUGACAGAAUGCCAGAAGCAGUUCCGGGCCAGCCCCGUACCCGCACACGUCCACCUUCCGGUUUACGAAGAGAUGCAGGAGCGCAACAAGGAGCAACGGAGAAGCAUGCGAGAUCGCGAGACGCGGCACCUCCGAGCCCUUCAAAAGCCUUUCAGCUUCCUGGAGAGGGAGAGACUAAAGAAGGAGCAGAAGCAGCAGCAGCAGCAGCAGCAGCAGCAGCAGCAACAAGCCGACAGCGAGAAGAUAAAGCCUUUCAAAGCCAAGCCUGUGCCAAAAUCCGUGUAUGCAGCCGCGUCAGGGGAUCAGGUGAAGGAGAACGAGUUGUAUCGCUCCAUCAAGAAGUAUAUGAGGGUCCAGGACUUGCUCCGGAGUUCCUCAGAGCCUCCCAGCAUGCUCACACGGCGCCUGAAUGAUCGGAAGAAGCCCAAACACGAACCGGGCGAAGGCUUUACCCACAAGCCUCAGAUAAACAGAGAGGUGCCCGACUUCAACGCCAGCUACAGACGCUUCCAAAAGCAGCUGGAGAAGCGGAAGGACGUGAAGACAACGACGGCGUGCGAGCCCUUCGAGCUGAAGACGUCCCAGAUCUCCUCGCACCGGGAGCGCAUUCUGGCCGACAUCGAGAAGGACCAGAGCAGCCCGCGGUUGCUGCGCUGGCCCCACAUCAGCCCUGGGCCGGCGCGGACCCCCAACUCAAGCCUCUGUUCGUCCCUGUCGGGAAGUCUGGAGCUGCUUCCUGCCAAAGUUACAGACGCUACUAAAAAGCGUCACGAAGCUGUGAGAAAAGCUCUGGAGCAGAGGAAGAAGGCAGAGGAAGAAGAGGAGCGUUGGAUGGAAAAGCAGAGGGAGAGAGAAAAGAAGCUGCAGAGGAUGGUUUUAAAACGAGCCCAAGCAAAUGACCCUCAUCUUGCUCUUUCACAGACCAACAAGAGCAAACUGAAAGAGUUCAGGAAACAAGACAUUCAGCGUAAGAGGGAAUAUCGGCAGGAGAUCAGAGAGAUGCGAGAAAGAGUGCAAGGAAGGCCGCUGCUGCUGGAGCAGGUCACACAGAAGAAUGCUAAGCAGGCAGCAGAGAAGCAUUACAUCGAAACCCUGCAGGGAUCCGAGGUGACCGAGGACUUUAUAAGCAGCAAGGCGGGCAAAUCAGCGUCUGAGCGCAAAAUCUCAUCAGCCAUUGACAAUACCCAGAGUGAUCAGGGAGAAGCCGACUUUAAAACUGUUCACUACAGAAAGGUCUCCCUGGAUGAUGAAGACAUUAAUUGUGCUUCUGAUAAUGACGAAGAACGAGAGGAGCAGAAGAGUGAUCAGGCCUCGCUGAGCCACCGCGAGAGUGAAGACGCCAGCGGUCACCAUGGUGACCAUCCACACUACUCUGAUGAAAGCUACACUUACUCAGACGAUCAUGAGAAUUUCUCGGAUGACAGCGAGCAUGAAGUUGACGAUAGGCAGCAAGAAUUAAUAGACUGACGACUUUAAGAUGCAUGUAGACAAAUGCUUUUAUUCAUGAGCUCUGCAAUAGAUACGGAGUUGUAAUUUUAAUUUUAGUUUGUAAAAAUAAACAUGAAUUCUUCUGCCAUUGUGA